AUGGGUGAAGACUCCUUCAAUUUAAAGAAGGCAUGGCAAAACUUUCGCCACAUGCCCUUCCGGCAUAAAGCCUUCUGGUUUGUCGCGAUUUUUCUGGCAAUUUUGACAAUUCGUGACACAUGGAAUUUGGUGAACGAGUACCUGGACGAUCCGAUGAAAGCUGACAUGAAUAUGAUUCUGAAUGAGACCAUGACUUUGCCUAAUAUCACUUUUUGUGUACCUACAAAACAGGUUUUGAGUCAUUUUCCAAAUGGAAACGAUACUGAAACUGUCAAGGUAGGUUGGUCUGGUAAAUGUUGUCUAUUAGCAAUUUAAGGGCAUGAGUAUUUGAAGGUUUUGUUUUUGGGAGUGGUGUUUUUAAGAGGUGUCUUUAGUGGCUACUUUUUCUAACGAGACUUUGAUGGUCGAGGGAGUUUACAUUAUGAAUAAAGACUGAAAUGGCCAGAGUUUUAAAACGUUUUUCACUUGAUUUUGUGGAGUAUUCCAUGGUGUAAAUACACUGUAAAUUUGAUCGUGGUAUCUUGGUUUACAACAAAGUUACCGGCUUUUAUAAACGUCAAAAACCCUAAAAAAUCGAUUUUUCAGCCAAAGUUUUUACUUUUUUUAUUUUAACCGCCCGUAACUUUUUUACCAUGCAUCGUAUCUUGUCUAAACUUCGUUAUCAGAUACUUCAUUUACUGCUUUAUAAACCUUUUAAAUCUCCAAAAGCAUAGUUUUAAUGCCCAGCCUAAAAAUUCAACUUUUCCAGAAGCAACUAGCCAAGUUCAAGAGCACAGAACAGCUUCUGAAGAAGAAAUGGCCUCCAGAAUUGGCUCUCCAUGCCUUCCAGAGCUUGGCCGCUAUGUUUACAAUAGAGCGAGAGUUUCUGGGCAGUCAUAUGGCUCAACGUUUGCAUCGUUUCAUUAAUCCGCCUAAGGGCAAGGAGUAUUUGACGCAGAAGCGAGAUGGCAUCUCUGUAGGUUUUUAAAGGAAUUUUUAAACAUGACAUUUAUUUUUGAAGCAUUGAUAGUCUAAAAUUGACCCAUUUUGAAAUUUUAACAAAAAUUUUAAUUUUCAAAAACUUAAAAUUUAAAAAAUUUUAGUUCUGGGUGAAGCAGAUGGCCGAAAGAAACUUGACUUUUGAAGAUUUUACUCAAAAAGCUGGAAAGGAAGUCUUGGCUAAGUAAGUGUAAUAUUUUUAUCAGAACUGGUCGAGCGGUUCUACUAGUGAUAUGGCUAAGGCUAGUGUUAAAGCUAUUGUUAGGGCUUGCGCAACAAAAGGAUGGUAAAGUCAAAAAAAGUUUUAUAAAAAAUUUGAAAAGCAGGGUAAAUUAUAAAAAAAUCUUUGAGGAUAGAUUUUUACUUCACUUUAGCAUUGUUCAAAUGUAUUACCUAACCAUAUAUUAAUAUGAAAAACCAAAAAACAAUAAAAAAUUUUUUUUUCAGAUCAAUCAAACAGAUGACAAGAAUAGUAAAAGAUGACGAUGGGCCGCGAAUUAAACUUUACCCUAAAAUAACAUGGGUUUCUAGAUCUGAUGUUUGUUUCCAACCUACGUAUGAUGAGGAGAAUUUGAAACCAAUCACAGAUCAGGUAAGAUAUUUUGUGGUAAAGUUUUAAAUUUUAAGAGUCAUUAAAGUCAUGUCGGCAAUUGAUUUUGGUUUUAAUGGAAAAAAGCGUCAAGACUUUGUAAAAGUUGGGUAGAGUAGUGUAAGGUAGAACAGGAUCAGGGCAAAGGCAGGGCAAAGGCGACGCCAAGGCAGGCCAAAGGCAGGGCAAAGGCAGGGAAAAGUCAUAACAGACUAAAAUGACAUUUCUUUUUGUAGGGCUCCUUUUUCUUCCUUCAAGUAGCUCAAAACAAAGAGAACGUGAACACAGAAGAGAGUCAACGUUGUAUUAGUGUCGAUUUUCAUGGUUAUCCAUUCGACUGGUCGAAAGUAACAGAAGGUGGUGGUAUUAGUAGAGAUGGUUAUCAUGAGAACUUAUGUCCUGGCCUGAGGCAUGAUGUCACUGUAGAGGUAAAGAAUAAGUAUGAUAUGUUGGAAAACGAUGAACCACGCACAGCGUGUCGUGACUUCAGCGACGAUGAUGAUGACGAGUUUUCUUGUAGAAGUCGAUGUAGAAUGGAGUUGAUUAGGGUCGGUUUUUAAAAUUUAAAAUUUUUUUAAAAAAUUAUUUUUAAAAUUUAAUUUUUUUAUUUUAGCAAUUAUGCCAAUGCACAUCAAUUACAACACAGUAUCUGGUAGAAGACGAAAAAGAACUUGAAAAUUACCCGUUGUGUAACUACAGUAAAUGUGUCAUAGAGUAAGUCUACCCAACCCUACCCUACCCUACCUUACCCUACCCUACCCUACCCUACCCUACCCUACCCUACCCUACCCUACCCUACCCUACCCUACCCUACCCUACCCUACCCUACCCUACCCUACCCUACCCUACCCUACCCUACCCUACUCUACCCUACCCUACCCUACUCUACCCUACCCUACCCCACCCUACCCUACCCUACGCUACCCUACCCUACCCUACCCUACCCUACCCUACCCUACCCUACCCUACCCUACCCUACCCUACCCUACCCUACACUACCCUACCCUACCCUACCCUACCCUACCCUACCCUACCCUACCCUACUUUAUCCUAUCAUACCCUACCGUCUAUUGCCCUUCUAUACUUUAUAUUGCCCUACCUUACCUUAUGCUUUCCUAACCUACCGUAUAUUGCCUCACUUCGCCUUGUAUUGCUUCACCUUGCUUUAUAUUAACCUACCUUAUUUCAAAGUCUUUUAAGUUACCUUUAGUUGUUUUACUCAACUUUAUAUUGCCCUUCCUUACUUUAUAUUGUUCUACUUUACUGCAUAUUGCCUUACCCUGCCUUAAGUUGCAUUAACCUACCUCAAAUUGCCCUGUUUGACAUUGUCUUACUCUGUGUUCCUUUACUAACAUUCUAACUUAUAAUGCCUUUUACAGUGUCCAAAAGCAAAGUAACAAGUCAGAAGAGGCUUGUACAAAGCGUUGUUUUCGUGAUUGUCAUCAACUUCGUUACUCUGUCAGUGUGGAUCAAAAAGUGUCAGUGACUGAAGUGGGAGAUCAAAGAGUCAGGAAUACCAACCUCACAUCGAUCUUCUUACUAUGGGGAUCGUUCGAAUACAUUGAAGUUACUCAGUCAAGAGUGUACACAACAGCUUCGUUCAUUGGUGAACUUGGGGGUGUGAUUGGAAUGUGGCUGGGGCUUUCCAUGCUUAGUUUGAUUCAGGUAGGUUGGAGUGGUAGUGCAAAGAAAGUUCUUGCCGUUUUAUGUCUUGUAAAGAAAGUUCUUGCUAUUUUAUGCUUAGUAAAGAAAGUUCUUGCCAUUUUUUGUUCUGUAAAGGAAGUUCUUGCCAUUUUUUGUUCUGUAAAAGAAGUUUUUGCCAUUUUAUGCUUUGUAAAGAAAGUUUAUGCCAUUUCAGAUGAUGACCUGGGCAACCGAACGUAUCUUUGUAAAAGCGUCUGAUGUUGCCAAAGACGUAAAACAUGAUUUCGAUCGACGACAUUCAUCAGCGACCGAUAUGAACGAUGGCAAUGGGUUGAGGAAGCGAACUACAUGA